GGCCUGGGCUUCGCUAGCGCUCGAAGCGGCGCCGCGGUUUUAGCCAACACGCUGCUUGGCGGAAGCGGCCUGCUCGGUGUGCCCCACGCCUUCGCGACAGCAGGCUACGGCCUGGGCCUUGCGCUCUUGGUCGUCUUUGGCACAUGCUCCGCCUUGGGAUGUCAUCUUCUGCAGUGUUCUGCUCGGAGGAUUGGCGAGGCGCCCUGCAGCUUCUAUUCGGUUUCGAACGCAGUUGCUCCACGAUGGACGUGGCUCAUUGAUGGUGCGGUGAUGGUGAAGUGCUUUGGGGUCGCCACUUCCUAUCUCAUCAUCGUCGGAGACCUGGGGCCCCCAGCUUUGGAAAUGCUGGGACUUCACGUUCACCGCUGGGAGGUGAUCUGCCUCGGGUUUUGCCUCGCCGCUAGCCUCGCUUGCCUGCGAAAUCUUAGCGGGCUCAAGUUCACCGCGGUGUUGUCAUUGGCCAUCGUCAUUUGGACGACAGUUCUCAUCGCGCUGUACGUAAUUCGGCCCAGCAAGGAUUUCAAUCCGUGUGGCCACAGCUCAGACGAGGACCUGCCCUGCAAUGGCGCGGAUUUCGAGCCCAUUGUGACAGAUCAUCCCCUGGCCCUUGGCAAGGCACAGGAGUGCGCGUGUCCUGUUAGCGAUUUUUCCUGA